GUCAUGUCUGGCACUGCUUUAAGUCGGCUUGCACAAGAGCACCAAGCAUGGAGGAAAGACCAUUUAUUCUGCUUUGUCGCUGCACCCAGAAAAAACCCUGACUGUACAAUAAAUCUUAUGAACUGGGAAUGUGCUCUUCCAGGAAAGAAGGGGACUCCAAGGGAAAGGGGUUUGUUUAAGUUAAGGAUGCUGUUUAAAGAUGGCUAUCUCUCACAACCCAGAAAAUGCAAAUUUGAGCCUUCGCUGUUUCAUCUGAAUGAGGAUAAAGACUGGAGACCUGCCACCACCAUUAAACAGAUCCUGUUAAGGAUUCAGAAGCUCCUAAAUGAACUGAACUUACUGGAUCCAACUCAGGAAGAGGUGUACACUAUAUACUGUCAGAAUAGAGUGGAGGAGUAUGAGAAGAGAGUUUCAAGAAAACUUGAGCUAGAAAGAGAAAGAGUUCUAGCAAGAGAACUCCCACUCAGACUAAAAUAA